UUCUCUUGCCUCCACCUCCUAAGGGCUAGGAUUACCGGGGGUGCCAUUGUGCCUGGCUCUGUCCAGUAGUUUUGUAUUGUGGAUUCUGACAAGAUUAUCAUGAACUCCCUUUUCAUCUUUGAGGACUGAGUUAUAAUAUAAAUCUCAAGAUGCAGGUAGAGUCAUUGACCUCCUUUGAGGAAAACAGUCUCGUCCCUGGCCCUGGAACAUCAGCUAUCCUACCCAGGAAACCCAAAGGGAAUCAGAAAGGUAGAACCAGACUCUGCUAGAAACCAUGUUUGCCUGCCAUAUGGAGAAGGGAAAUGGAAAAAGAAAAAGAAAUGGAAUGAUUUUUCUAGAAGACGAUCUACUGGAUGGUAAGUCAGUUCAAUCAAGGAGAAGACACUAAGACAUCCCGAAAACAAGUAACUGAAAGCAGACAAAGACCAGGAAAGAAAGAGGCUUCAACGUUUAACGGCAACCGGCAACCGCAGACAGCAGUCAGGUUCGGGUACCAACUCUACCGAGGACGACCUUGACGUAUUCAUUUCCUGACAGAGCCUGGCCAGGUUGCAAGUAGAACUGAAAUCCUGCCCACGUCCUUCCUUCCCAGCUGUGUGCCUGAGCUAUCUCGGAGGCUUCACAGGCCGGGGGAGAGACAGCAUCAUAUCUAAAUUGAAGCCUUGGUGUUAGGCUCCCAGGAAGUGGAGAAGCGUAGAGCCUGAUGUUUGUUACACUGUGUCAGCUUCCCAUCACAGCAGCAAGUAUCUGAGACAACGACUCAGGAACAGGAAAGUUUUAUUGUGGCUUGAGGUUUCUGUUGUUUUAGACCGUUAGCUUCGGAGCUUUUGAACCUGCGGUGAGGCAGCUCAUCGUGGUAGGAGUGCCUGGCCAAGGAAGCUGUGUUCAUCACCACCUGGUGACCAGAAAUAAGAGACAAAGUGGAAAAAAAAUGGAAGUUUUACACCUCAUCUCCACAGAGGGAACACAGACCCAAGGGAGAAUUGCCAGAUCAUCUCCAGCAAUUCUAGUUAAAUCGGAAUUUCAGAUCACAGUGAACACUUCUUUUUUAAACGCUGGAGCAGAGACUGUCAAUCCCAGGCAGAGCCAGGCAGACAAGGCUUCACUUGUAAAGAACCUCCCUCCAGCACCCCCUCCCUUCUCCUUUGCCCAGACUACCCCAGUGAGCUGGAGCCUUGAAGAAGAGUCUCCUGCCCAUAACACUGAAAAGAAAGAAAAAGGGACAAGAGCCAUGAUGAAAUCUGUGGUACUUGUCACCCUGGGGCUAACUUUGCUGUUAGGAACACAAGCCAUGCCUUCAAGUCGCCUCUCCUGCUACAGAAAGUUGCUAAAGGAUCGUAACUGUCACAACCUUCCGGAGGGCAGAGCCGACCUGAAGCUGAUCGACACAAGUGUCCAGCAUCAUUUCUGGGAUGGGAAGGGAUGUGAGAUGAUCUGCUACUGCAACUUCAGCGAGCUGCUCUGCUGCCCAAAAGAUGUCUUCUUUGGACCAAAGAUCUCUUUUGUGAUCCCCUGCAACAAUCACUGAGAAUCUGCAUGCACUCUGGAGAAGAUGGUCCUGAAGUCCUACACGGUCCUGAAGUCCUCCACGGUCCCCAAUUUCCCACAAACUCUAUCAGUACAGCAACAUUUCUGAUUUCCAUCCAAGUGUAUCCAAAUCCCGCAUAGAUUCUAUAAAGUCAUACUUGCUAAUGUAAACUUGGGCUAAAGUGGUAAUAAAAGAUGUUUCCAUUGGCUUGUCUCUGUGGACACUGUUAGUACGGCUUAAACUGUUUGGCUAGAGUUUUACAUAGGAGCUCACUAUAUUCAGUAAGAGUCCUGUCCCUUAAUGAAGAGCCACAAUCCUGAUUCACAGACCAAAAACUUCAGCAGUUGGUUGUCAGUUUUGAUGAGGCAAAUUGAACAGAGAACCAGGUAAUAACCAGAACUUUCUGGACAGGAAGCUACACAUUUUCUAUUAAGAAAGAAAAGAACCCAUCCUUAGGUAUUAUUACAUGUGACACAUUUUUAAGCACAUUUUAAUUUUCCUGUUUUGAAAAACAAAAAACUUAAAGGUAAUAUUCUUCACUCCAUUUCUCCAACUCAAGUUUAAGAUAUACAAGUCAGAACAGAAUCUGAACAUCAUUCAAAUACCAAGUUGUAUCCCUAAGACCACAAUACAUAUGCCUGAAGUAUCAAUUUUCUUUAAGAAUAAAAAAAUGCACCUUAAAAGACACAGACAGUGUUGGGGACAUAGCUCCAUUGACAGAUGCCUGACUGGCACACAGAGCCCUGGGUUCAAACCCCAGCACGAUACAAAGUGAAUAUAAUGGCACAUGCCUUCAAUCUGGGUAGGGGGAGGUAGAAUGAUCAGAUGUUCAGGGACAUCAUCAGCUACAUAGUAACUCAAGGUUAGGAUACAUGAGAUCUUAUUGAAGAGAGAAAAAGAAAAAGACAUUUUCAAAUUAUGAGGAAACAACUUUAGGUCAUAAGCUUAUAUUUUAAAAUAUAAUUGUUGACUCAUAGAAACUUCCAUUAUAUAAAAAAAUACUACAUUCUGGUUAGGUGCUAACCAUUAUUAAGGUUCUUGGGGUAUUAGUAAUGAAUAAGACGUAUCUUCUCAGAACAUGUGCUCUAACAGAGCAGUCAUCAUAAUGAAGUUAUUUAUAAACAUGAUGCCUGCCCUAGAGAAAUGGAGGACAUUGUACAAAGGAUUGUGGGGGAAAGUUUGAGACACACUGUAUCUCUGUUUUUAAUUCUCUCAUAUAUUACAUCCUGACCACAGUUUCUUCCCCUUCCUCUCCUCCCAAUCCCUCCACUUCUCUCCCUUCCCCAUCCACUCCUAUUUCACCUCAGAAAAGGGAUUUCAACAAAACGCGGCAAAUCAAGAUAUAAUAAGAUUGGGUACCUCCCCUCAUUAUUAAGGCUGGACAAGUCAACCCGAUAGGAGAAAAAGAGUCCCCAAAGCAGGCAAAAGGGUCAGAGACAGCCCCUACUCCCACUGUUAGGAGUACCACAGGAGAGACACACUGUAUCUUAAGGCAGUCUAAGAGAUACUAUCUUGAGACAAAACAGUAACACUACUCAUUGACAUACAACCUCAAAGGUCCUAUUUCUGAAGACCCAACCAGAAAAUAGUGUUACUACUGGACUGAGCCAAACAAUUUUGGGGUAAUCAUAAUUCUGAUCCUCUUAAGAGUCUUGACAUAAUACCUGUCAGAACAUGUUUGUAAAUAACCAUGACAUCAUUAAAAAUAUGGAGAAAUCCAACUGUAAAGGAAAUUAAUAAAUCAGUCAUCUAAAAA